AUGCCGCGGCGCUGCCCGCUGCCUGCGGCCACCUGCUCCGCGCCUGCCCCGGCGCGCAGCGGCGGCGGGCGGGGCGGCGGCGGCGCUGCCUCCCCGCUCCGGAGGCGUGGGGCGGUGCAGCGGGGCGGGGGCAGCCGGCCGGCUCCGCGGGGCGCCGGGCAGCGCGGACGGGGCGGGGGGAGGCCAGGGUCCCCUGCCGGUGCGCGGGACCGGCGGCCGGGGCUCGGCACCCGGCGGCAGCACGACCCGCCCGGCGCUCGGUCGGAGCGGGGCCGGGGGGGGUGCACGGACCGAGCCCCCGGGGGUGCGGCGCCCUCCGCCUCGCUCUGCUCUGCCCUGCCGGGGCCGAAGCGGCACAAGGAGCCCCGCAAAAUCCUCGGCCUCGUCUCCCGCCCUCGGGGGACGGACGGGCACCGCUUGCCGCUCCUUCUCGGGGCGCUGCGGGCUGCCACGCUUCCUCAAAUACCCGAGCAGGAGCUUUCCGCUGUCCCUCCUGGUGUUUGGGGAGGGCCACCCCAAACGCAGGCGAAGUCGGAUGGUCUUCGUGGUCCGUUGGGUGUCUGUUAA